UCGCAGCAGGAGGGGAGUUGUGGAGGAUGCACGGUGGCUGUCAGCACAGGGCCCAGCCCUGGGGCCCCUGCAGAGGACGCUGUGUCUGUGUGGAGGACAGCGAGCCUGGAAUCGUGUCUCCAUUUAAACGCGUAUUCCUAAAAGGUGAGAAGAGCAGAGAUAAGAAAGCCCAGGAGAAGGUGACCGAGAGGCGCGCUCUGCACACCGUGGUGCUAUCCCCACCCGAGCGCGUGGAGCCGGACAGACUGCUGAGCGACUACAUUGAGAAGGAGGUGAAGUAUUUAGGUCAGCUGACAUCCAUCCCUGGGUACCUGAACCCCUCCAGUAGGACGGAAAUCCUGCACUUCAUAGACAAAGCCAAGCGUGCCCACCAGCUCCCGGGACACCUGACGCAGGAGCACGACGCCGUGCUCAGCCUGUCCGCCUACAACGUCAAGCUGGCCUGGCGGGACGGGGAGGACGUCAUCCUCAGGGUGCCCAUCCACGACAUUGCUGCCGUCUCCUACGUGCGGGACGAUGCCGCACACCUGGUGGUCCUGAAGACAGCCCAGGAUCCGGGUAUCUCCCCCAGUCAGAGCCUGUGCACGGAGAGUUCCAGAGGUCUGGGCUCGGGGCCCCUGCCAGAGAGCACGGUGGUGCCAGUGGAGGCCUGCUGCCUGGUCAUCCUGGCUGCGGAGAGCAAGGUGGCCGCGGAAGAGCUGUGCUCCCUGCUCGGCCAGGUCUUCCAGAUCGUUUACACGGAGUCCACCAUCGAUUUUCUGGAUAGAGCGAUCUUCGAUGGCGCCUCCACGCCCACCCACCACCUAUCCCUGCAUAGCGAUGACUCCUCCACGAAAGUGGAUCUGAAGGAGGCCUACGACACCGAGGCCAGCACCUUCUGCUUCCCUGACUGCGCGGAUGCCGGCGGGCUGCCACCGCUAUCCUGCAUGCAGGCGUUGCCCCACAGCAAGACGGCAAGUGACAGCGAGCUGAGCGCCAGCGCCGCCGAGCUGCUGCAGGACUACAUGCUCACGCUGCGCACCAAGCUGUCCUCGCAGGAGAUCCAGCAGUUCGCGACGCUGCUGCAUGAGUACCGCACCGGAGCCUCCAUCCACGAGUUCUGCAUCAGCCUGCGGCAGCUCUAUGGGGACAGCCGCAAGUUCCUGCUGCUUGGUCUGCGGCCCUUCAUCCCCGAGAAGGACAGCCAGCAUUUCGAGAACUUCCUGGAGACCAUCGGCGUGAAGGAUGGCCGUGGCAUCAUCACCGACAGCUUUGGCAGGCACCGGCGGGCGCAGAGCAUCGCCUCUACCUCCACCGCCAAUGGAAGCAGGGCCGCGGGCAGCCCCGAUGACCGCUCGGGGCCCUCUGAGGGGGAUGAGUGGGACCGCAUGAUCUCGGACAUCAGCAGUGACAUCGAGGCGCUGGGCUGCAGCAUGGACCAGGACUCGGCAUGACAGCAGCGGUGGGAGCACUGCACCGUCCGCAAGACUGCGUCAGGCCUUCCUGCGAGGAGACACCGACCCCGUGGGCCCCUCAUGGCAGUAGAGGUGGCCGGCGGCGGUGGGUCCUCUACUGUGAAGGGGUGUGGAGCCUCCACAGGACACGUCCUGUGUAGGGCAGAGGUGCCACAUCUGUCCCAGGCUCCAGUGGGCCCUGCACUGGCUCCACAUGGGGAGGCCAGGCCCAGCCACACUGGCACGAGAGCCAGGCCUGUGGAUGGGCCAGACAAUUGUCACUUUUGCACAUGACGUUCCUCAUGUAACUCUCAGAGAACUUAAAGAAGUUUACUGCAAUGUGAAUAAUUUAAUAUCCCGUUGCCGGGCUUUUUUCUCACCCGCCUGGA